UCAGCCAGAACGUUUACUGGCGGUAGACUAUCACACAGGUGUGUCGAACCGCGACGUGGUUUCGCCAGUGUCCGGACGCACGUGAAUUGCUAAAGGUCGUGUCUCAAAGCUGUCUUCUCCGCUGUAAGACGCCUUGUGAGGAGAAGCUCGCCUCUGUGAUUCCCUUCGAAAGCGUCGCCAUGGCAAUGGGGACACCCCUUGGCCGCUCAGAUGGAGAUAAGGAAAGUGAAACAAGUCCACUCUGUCCAGACCGACAACAUGAGGUGGAAGGAGCCUCCGUGACAUCGCUCUCAGAGCAUGAACCAACCACCAACUGCCAAACAAUGAUGCACCUGCUCAAGGGGAACAUUGGUACGGGUGUACUAGCCAUGCCUAGUGCUUUGGCAAAUGCAGGAAUCCUUGUCGGCUCUAUCGGCAUUGUUUUAGUGGGAAUUAUUUGUAUCCACUGCAUGCACAUAUUGGUGAAAUGCAACCACAUACUGUCCAAAAAGGCUGGGUGUAGAACAUUAGACUUUGCUGGGGUGGUACAGUACUCCUUCAGGUUUGGACCACGCUGCCUACGACGGUUUGCCAACGGUGCGAGAGCAACUGUGAACUGUUUUCUACUGCUGACCCAGUUUGGAUUUUGCUGCGUCUACUUUGUAUUUGUUGCAACUAGUCUGAAAGAGGUGCUUCAUGGUCAAGGCAUUGAGAUGAGCGUGUAUGUCUACCUGGCCAUCCUGCUGCCUGCCAUGGUUCUGUACAACUUCAUUCGGAGCCUUCGAAUGCUGUCUGUGGCAUCCACAAUUGCUAACCUGCUGCAGAUCACAGGAAUGGUGCUCAUCUUCUACAACCUGCUCCAGGACAUGCCGAGCAUCAGCGAGCGGCCCUUACACUUGGGUGUGAGCCGCCUGCCCCUGUACUUUGGCACCGUCAUCUAUGCCUUUGAGGGCAUAGGCAUUGUGCUGCCUUUGGAAAACGAAAUGAAAAGCCCUCAGGACUUCGGAGGUGUGUCUGGUGUGCUGAACACGGGCAUGGUCAUCGUGGUGUGCUUGUACACAGCUAUCGGCUUCUUUGGUUACCUAAAGUAUGGCGAACAUGUUGCUGGAAGCAUCACCCUCAAUUUCCCACCUACACCGUUGAACGAAGUGAUCCGGCUCAUAUUUGCAGUCUCCAUCUUUCUCUCAUACGCUCUGCAAAUGUAUGUGCCCGUCCAAAUCAUCUGGCCUUCCAUAGUAAAGCGGUUUUCCCUUGACCAAGGAAAGCAUUCACCACGGGUCGUGAUGGUCUUCGAAUUCCUGCUACGCACUGCUCUGGUUACCAUGACCUUUGUGCUAGCCGUUGCGGUACCCAGGCUGGAUCUCUUCAUCCCACUGGUUGGUGCAUUGGCAAGCAGCAGCCUGGCACUCAUCUUGCCUCCCUUAUUAGAGCUCUUCACGAUGUGGGAGGGUGACCAGGGUAAACUCCUGUGGAGCUGGCUAUGGGUCAAGAACAUCUUCAUCUCGGUACUUGGAGUGCUGGGAUUUGUGACCGGGACAUUUGUUACAGUCACAGAAAUUGUUAACACCUUUUCGAGUCCACCCAGCAGCCCGUCGUGAUUACAUAGUGCUCCCGCUGUGAGUACGCUUUGUGCCUGUGCAUGGCGUGGGGAUGUAGGAGGAUUUGUUAUGGGGUCUCCUGUUCGACCGUGGCUGAAGUUUGUGCUCAACUGCCCUAAAGUAUCAAAGUGGGGUGCAGCUGUUACAUUUUCUGUAUGAAAGUUUGGAAAAAGCUUUUCAUGCUUAACUAGACAUAAGCAAUCUGGUCCAGCUCAUCCUGGCUGUUAAAGCUGUGUAUGUACUUAUGCAAGUGUGCCUUAUUGUUCUGCAUAGGCAUUUUUCAAAUUCGAAUUAUGGGGAUGGGUACUAGUCUGGAGACUGUGCACCAAUAGACGUGCAUAUACGUAUGUAUGAUAUAUAACAGCAGUUAGAGAAAGCAUAUUGGUAAGGCUUCAACUAAACCAAGUUAGUCAUGAAAAGCUUUUUUUUGCAGUUUAUACAUGCCAUUAAAUUGGUGUUUACAAUGUACUUCUACACAGUUACAGGAAAUGCUAGUGCGUGUGAAAGGUGUAAACCACACAUACACUUCUCUAGGAGAGUUUGCAGUUUCUUGUGUCAUGGUGUCUGGCUGACAUUGGUCUUUGGUGCUUAAAAUUAUUGACUACUAAUGCUGGUGAUUCAAUCCUGUGUUGAUAGAGCAUUGAGUUGAGCCUUGGCACUGCUUGAAUUUAGAACGUAAUGAAAUUAGUGUGCUCACAUUGUUGUGUACAAGCAUUCUGCUAGAAGUUCGCAGUUAAGCAGGUAAUGAACGCAACAGAACACUGCAUGAUUUUACCAGCUUUAGAAUUGAAGCUUAAGUUUCUGGAGCAACAUCUUUCUAUAAACACUCUUUGAUCUAGCAAUGUCAAGCAGGAAGGACACUCUUUUGAGUACAGGAAGGGGACACUCUUUUGAGUGUGCUCACAAAGGACUGGCAUUUGUUCUUGACAUCGGGAUAGAGGGGACUACCUGUAGGUGCCAGUGGGAUGUAUUUAUUGAGCCUUAGGGAGGAGCUUUCUUAUUUGUGAUGUGCUUGCGAUUUUUUAAGACUCAUGCUACCUUAGGCCAUGUUCAUCAUUCUCAUUUCAUUUGUAAACAGUUACCUGAUCAAAUAAUGAACCUGCCUUGUCAGGGGCUGCAGAAAGUGCUGAGAAUUAGCAGUAAUUGUGCACUUCUUCAUGUGUUGUUUAUUUAAAGCAGUUAUCAUUGUAACCAAAUGAUUCUCCUGCCUACAGUGCCAGUGUGAGCUGAGCACUUGGCAGCAGUUGUCGUGCAUGCUGAGAUUCUCAUGCUGUAUCUCCAAAGUCCUCUGUCAAAGACUUUUGAUAGUGUGUUUGGGGCUUCCAGUCACAUUCCAUUAAUCUGUCCACUUUUCGUUUCAUUCGUUUCAAGCCAAGUCCCUCAGUCUAGCAGCCUGUGGCUUCCACUGGCUCUCACAAUGCAAUAGUUGGGCUGCUUGGAAGCCAUUUUGUCAUGUGGGCCUUUCUAAACAAUAUAGAGGUUGCUUAGAUUCAUGAAUUUCACCUCACAGUUUUUAAUCGUGUGCCCUGAUCACUCACUGCGUGUGCCACACCACUAAGGUCAUCGAGCAAUGCACCUCAGUUACUGAAGUGCUUAAUAUCGUCAUUUUGGCGUGUGCUUCGUGAUUGCUCAAGAGAUUUUUUUUGCACCUUUAACGUGGCAUUACAGUGAAUUGUGCGAGCAUUUUUCUUGCUUCUUGUACAGCCUAUUGUUUCACAUCUUGUUUGGUUGUUUUCUUGUUGUUUCUCAUACAGCUUCAUGUUUUUGCGCUCAAGCUACUGCUUGCUGUGUACCGCCGGUAUAAGGUGUACUCUUCAGAGAUAUGAUAUUGAGUGCUUGCUUCCUCUGGGCCUUUGCAUUGUUCUAGUCUGGCGAUUUCGGCUGCUUCUAGGAGAAGGUGCUUCCAUGAACGUUCUGUGUGUUACCAUGUAUGUGUAAAUAAGGAUUUGCCUCCACCACAACCUGCAAGUGCCUUCAGUGAGCGAACCUUUAUAUAUCUUUUCAGUGCAUUGUUGCACUGUACCUGUGAUAACUUGUAGACUCCUUUUUAUUUUUUUCCAAUGAGAACUGAAACCUAUGUGCCUUAGAUUAAUGACCACACUCUUUGGACAAAACAGUCGCCAUCAACAGCUUCGACAACUGGAAUAUUUAAAUCAGUCUUCCAUUUCAUGUGCACUUGCAUGUUCAAAUAAUUUUCUCAAUGCGAUUGUGCGUAGAGUGCCCGAGAUGGUAAUUGUUGUUUAGUGUCAGAAUGCUUAACUGUGUGCCUUAACAUGUUUCUCUACAUUUAUUGAUAAAACUGCACAAGACUAGCAGGCACCCUUUACAUGAGCAAGUAUUUCUUUGAACAUGUGAUGCUUUGUCAGUAACUUUAGUCUUGACUCGGAAUCAGUAUUGGCUGUCCUGUAUAGCUUGGCUGAUUUGUAGCUGCAUCAAAAUGAGGCAUGAUCAGUGUCUUCUGAUAGAUGCUGGCAUAACCAACAGCAUAGUUAGCCCUUUUGCUGUCUCUUUAGUACUAGAGUGUGGCUCUUUUUGUCAUAUGGGGACCAUUUUUCUUCCCUUUUUAUGGUGAAGCUUGAAUACACGUUUAGAUUUACAUGUAUAUACUUUGUUAUGCACCCUUGUAUAUAGUAUACAACUGCAUGUAUUAUACACCGAUGUAUUGUCAUUUGUAGUAAUAUUAAAGUAUAAGUAAAUGUAAACAUUACAUAUUGAAUUGAUUGCUUCAUUUUCUUGGUGAAGAAAAUGCAUUGCCUUAUAUUAAGAAGAUGUGACGUAUUUUUAUGACCAUAUGAUUGAUUCGUUAUUGACUGGUGUGCUGGGCAGUUAUCUUACUUGUGUACAGACAGGUGUAAUGAAACUGCCUUAAGGCUCACUAUUCGUAAAGACAUUUACAGAGUAGAAAUUUACAUGGAACAGUUGGCAUAUUGUAUGCAAUGUUGCUCUCUUCCUUUCCCCUUUGGCUUCCGAAUCACUGUAAAUAAAGAUUUGUUGGCAUUA